AUGGUUACCCUCAUGCGAAUGCCUUCCCAAGCUUUCAUCUCUGGCUAUCCGAACAAGCUGAUUUUCACAAGAGCAAGUGACAUGUUGAGGACUAUAAUGACAGAUUCUCUUCAGUCAACUAGUAAAAAUUGGAAAUUGCCUAGCAAAGCAAGAAGGGCUGUACCUUUUCAGGGAUCUUCUAAAUUUGUACAGACUACAUGCCGAAUCUCUGUCCCUGGAACCUCAUCAAGAAGUGAAGAAAAAGUGCCAUCAAAUUUUUUGAGGGACAAGAAGUUGGUUCCCAAUUCAGAUCCCCCAAGUAUCAAAGAUGUCGACCUUUUGUACCAAUUUUUUGAUCAGAGUACCAAGCUUGUAGUUUUGACAGGAGCUGGAAUAAGCACAGAAAGUGGAAUUCCUGAUUAUAGAAGCCCAAAUGGAGCCUAUAAUUCUGGUUUCAGNCAGAUUUUCACAAGAGCAAGUGACAUGUUGAGGACUAUAAUGACAGGCAACUCUUCUUGUUACAUACCCAGUUCUUUGAUCAAGUAG